CUUUUCGACGCGAUCAUGUCUGGGGACCGCACCUUGGCUGGCUCAGGCCGCGGCCGACGCCCCGGCCUCGCCAGCCUGGCCGCGGCCACCCGCGGGCACCCGCGGGGCCCCAUGGUCUCCGACGCCGCCGCGUUCCCCGCCGUGCGGGCGGUGUGCCGGGACUCGCCGGCGCCCAAGCGCCGGAGCCGACCGCCGCCACCGCCGGAGCCGGAGCCGCCGGGGCCGUGCGCAGCGGGGCGUUGCCAGAGUUCCGCGGCUGCCCGAGCUCCGCCGGGCCCGCCGGCGCGGCGGCGCCAGUGCCGGAGGAGGCCUCGGCGGCCUGCAGCGGCCCGCUGGACGCGCCCGAGUGCCCCAUCUGCCAGGAAAGCGUGCCCCCAGGCGCGGCGGCGAUGCGCUGCGCGGGGGCGGCGGGGAGGCACCACUACUUCCACAAGGGGUGCCUCGGGGGGUGGAUCGGCGCCUGCACCGCCCGGGGCGCGGCGCCGACGUGCCCAGUGUGCCGGGGGCCCGUGCAGGUGCACAUCUCGGGGCUGUCGGCACUGCUGGAGGGCCCCCAGGCUGACGCGCUGGGCGCGGAGGAGAAGUCGGCUCUGCGGGUGCUGCUGGACCGCGCCCGCGCGACGCUGAACGGAGGUGGCUGCGCAGACAGCGACGAGUGGGUCGAGCCGUUCCACCCGGAGGAGCUCGCCGCCGCGGGUGCCGUCACCGCUGCGGCGGCCGCCGGCUUCUACGCGGGCUACUCCGACGGGCCCGGCACGGGGGCCAUAGACGUCGCGCUGCUGGUGGCGCAAGACCCGUACGUGCAGGUCGCCGGGGGCGUGGGCUACGUCACCGGGCUGGUCGCCCGGGGCGUCGAGGCCGCCCUCAGCGACGCCUGAGGGGCCAAGCCGGCCGCCCACCGCGAGGGGCCGCUUGGCGCCCUAGGGAGGAGGGAGGAGGAGGCAGGAAAAGGAGCGAGGAGCCAGAGGCCAGGAUCCAGAGCUGCAUCCUGUCGGUGCUGCUCCUCGGCUGCCAGGCGCCUGGCGCUUCGGCGGUGCCCAGGCCGUGCGGCGGCCCAGACCCAGAAGUGCUCGCGUCGCGA